CGUCUGGAACCCCUGAGCCACCAAGGCUGCAGGGCAGGGGUGGGGAGCUGUUUGCCAAGCGGCAGAGCCGCGCAGACAGUGCUGCCCCCACGCCUGGCCAUCUCGGGUUCUCGGUCAUAGCAACUCAGUCCUCCAAAGCUGCUGGACCCCAGGGAGAGCUGACCACCGCCGGAGCAACUGGCUGAACCCCCUCCACAAUGCCGCUGUCAGGAACCCCGGCCCCCAACAAGAAGAGGAAAUCCAGCAAGCUGGUCAUAGAACUCACUGGAGGUGGGCAGGAGAGCUCAGGCCUGAACCUGGGCAAGAAGAUCAGUGUCCCAAGGGAUGUGAUGUUGGAGGAGCUGUCGCUGCUCACUAACCGGGGCUCCAAGAUGUUCAAACUGCGGCAGAUGCGAGUGGAGAAAUUUAUCUAUGAGAACCACCCCGAUGUCUUCUCUGACAGCUCGAUGGAUCACUUUCAGAAGUUCCUUCCUACAGUGGGGGGUCAGCUGGGCACAGCUGGUCAGGGAUUCUCCUACAGCAAGGGCAGUGAUGGAGGCCAGGCAGGGGGCAGUGGCUCUGCCAGACAGUAUGGCUCUGACCAGCAGCACCAUCAAGGCCCUAGGUCUGGGUCUGGAUCUGGGGACACAGGUGGCCCUGGGGGCCAGGUCAGCAGAGGAGGAGGUGGCACAGCGGGAGCUGGUGAGUCAGGAACAGGAGACCAGGCAGGUGGAGAAGGAAAACAUAUUACUGUGUUCAAGACCUAUAUCUCUCCAUGGGAGCGAGCCAUGGGGGUUGACCCCCAGCAGAAAGUGAAACUUGGUAUUGACCUGCUGGCCUAUGGGGCCAAAGCUGAACUUCCCAAAUAUAAGUCCUUCAACAGGACGGCAAUGCCCUACGGUGGAUAUGAGAAGGCUUCCAAACGCAUGACCUUCCAGAUGCCCAAGCUUGACCUGGGGCCCCUGCUAAGUGAACCCUUGGUCCUCUACAACCAGAACCUCUCCAACAGGCCUUCUUUCAAUCGAACCCCUAUUCCCUGGCUGAGCUCUGGGGAGCCUGUAGACUACAACGUGGAUAUCAGCAUCCCCUUGGAUGGAGAAACAGAGGAGCUGUGAGGUGUUUGCCCCUCUACCUUACAUCAAGUUUCCCCACUCUGGUUCUGCUUUGGAGAGGGAAUGCUGAGCAGGAUACCCCCAUGUAAAAAAGGAGGGAGAGAUCUGCCUUUUCAGCCUUGACUCCAAGUCCCCACUCCAAGUAUCCUUCCUUACCAACUCAGAACUCCCCUUCCACUUGCUCCGUAUGGAACCUGCUCUUUUAUGGAAUUUGCCCUGACACCAGUAACAGUCAAUAAACUUCAAGGAAA